AUUCCAUUUUUCCUUCAAUGAGAAAAGUUCCCCGAAGAGGUGGACGUCCUAGUUUUUCUUUAUCUGUGUACAAUAUUUCCCAAAAAGAGGCUAGUGCAGUGCUUUAAUAGUGCAAUAAAGACACAUUUAGGAAAUUAAACAUUCUAUUUAAAUCACAAUGAAUCCAGAAUAUGAUUAUUUAUUCAAAUUACUGCUCAUUGGAGACUCUGGUGUAGGAAAAUCUUGUUUACUUUUACGAUUUGCGGACGAUACAUAUACUGAAAGUUAUAUCAGUACCAUUGGAGUUGAUUUUAAAAUCAGGACUAUUGAUUUAGAUGGGAAAACAAUCAAAUUGCAGAUUUGGGAUACUGCAGGCCAAGAAAGGUUCAGAACCAUAACGUCAAGUUACUACAGAGGAGCGCAUGGUAUCAUCGUAGUCUACGAUUGCACUGACCAAGACUCAUUCAACAAUGUUAAACAGUGGCUCGAAGAAAUCGACCGCUAUGCAUGUGACAACGUCAACAAAUUACUUGUAGGAAACAAAAGUGAUUUAGUGACGAAGAAAGUCGUUGAUUUCACCACAGCUAAAGAAUACGCAGACCAGUUGGGCAUCCCCUUUUUGGAAACGUCCGCGAAGAACGCUACCAACGUAGAGCAGGCCUUUAUGACGAUGGCAGCGGAGAUCAAGAACCGAGUGGGCCCCCCUUCUUCGGCCGCCGAUCAGGGUAACAAGGUUAGGUUCGAUCAAAGUCGCCCGGUCGAAACUACCAAGUCGGGAUGUUGCUGAAAAUUUUAUGAAUUUCCCAAGGAUGGCGGCGAUCCUUCACAUCAUCGUUUUUGUACAGUAGCAAAUGCUACAAUGCAGUUUAUAUAAAAAUAUCCGUCUGUAUGUAUAGUUAUUUUAAAAAAAUAUUAUAUUUCCGUCUCGCAAUGUUUUAUUUGAAAUUAGUAAGGAAAUAUCAUUAUAAUUUUAAUUUCAACUAGGUGAAUUUGUAAUGAACUAUUUAUUAACAAAAAGUUCUGUAGAACCCCUAAAGCGGGGAUCACAUGUAUAGGUUAUAUUUUUCGUCCCUUGGUUUAGCUUAGUAUUACCCCAAUUCAGUUGGUCAAAACAUUUUCAAAAUAUUAAUAAUUGGAUAUUCUUUCCCACCUUGUAGUGAGUAAUGUUUCAUUGAUUCUUCAAAUCAUAAAUAUGAGAAAUAAGAACAUAUGAAUGUGAUUGUAAUUCCUGAUGCAAAGGAAUCUUGGUUAAAGGUUUUUGUAAUUUAUCAAAAAAUAUAAUAUAUUAGCCCAG